AUGGCUGUGGAGAGGUUGGGCCCUGUGCCCUUGGAGUUCCGACUCUUCAACGCCUGCGGCAUUCCAAUUUAUGUGCACAUUUUCCUUGUGGCCUUCUUUGUUUGGCGGCUCUCUGACGAGGAGGCCGCCGCAAAACGGAGCCGUGGCCUGCCAGACUACCGAAAGGCAGCAGAGAUUGCACUGACGUGCUGCGUGAGUUUCGCGAUACUCUUCUUGACGGUUCUUAUUCAUGAGCUUGGCCACUGUGCAGGCGCCAAGCUGGUUGGUGGCCGAGUCUCUCGCAUCCUGCUCUGGCCCCUGGGUGGCCUCGCCUUCUGCAGCAGCGGUGGUGGGGCUAAAGGCGAUCUGGUCGUAGCGCUUGCAGGACCCAUGACCCCUGGACCGCAGUACCUUGCCUGGCUAGUGCUCUACAAGCUGGCAGUCCAAUCGCAGGAUGAGCUGGGCCAUUGGGCGCCCAUGGCACGAGAUCAUCCUCCUUGUGUUCAACCUACUGGUGCCGGUGUACCCGCUGGAUUGCUCACAGGUGAUCAUCUCACUCUGUCGUCUCUGUGGUGCUUCCCGCCGCAGUGCUGCCUACUUCAUGGUAGUGCUCUCCUUGCUCUGCAUAGCCGUACUUCUGGCUUCCAUGGCGGGAGCCCUUCAUCUGCCCAUGCUUUCCCUGGGCUUCAGUGGCUUCAACCUUCUCUUAAUGUUCUGGCUGGCAUUCCAGACUUAUCAGCUCUACAGCAGAAUAUCGGCCCACACAGAGGAUGA